UACCUUGAUAUUUGUCUGCCAUCUUUUCGUGGAUAACCUGCAAAAUGCCUACCUACAAAUUAAUGUACUUUCAGGGCAAGGGGCGUGCCGAGGUGAUUAGAUUGGCCUUUACAUUAGCAGGGCAGGUGUUUGAGGACAAAAGAUUUACACUAGAAGAAUGGCUAAAAGUCAAACCAACUAUCCCACAAAAUCAUUUACCAGGUCUGCAGGUGGAUGACAAAUACAUACCCCAAUCUGGCGCCAUCUUGAGAUAUGUUGGGAGAGCCUUUGGUUUAUAUGGAGACAAUAAUGACGAAAGCACACGCAUUGACGUCAUUAUCGGAGCAACUGACGACUUUUUGAAAGACGUCUCUGAUGCGGUCUACGAGAAAGACGAAACGAAGAAAGCAGAAUUGAAGAAAGAUCUAGAAGAAAACAAAUUUCCACAAUAUCUCAAUUUAAUGGAGGAAAUUCUGAAGGAAAAUAAUGGAGGGGAUGGAUUCUUCGUGGGAAAUAGACUGUCGAUUGCUGACCUCAAGGUCUUUGACACAGUCGAUCAAGUCGCUAGUUAUGCUACACCGCCGCCAUUUCCUCCUAAACUUGGGGCUUUUAUUGAGAAAGUGAAAAACAAUCCAAAAAUAAAGGAGUACAUCUCCAAACAAGCCUCAAAAUAAACAGAAGAAAGAGAAGAGCCAUAUCACAGUAUACAGUGCUUCCAGACAUUGAGAUGCAGUUCAAUAGACAUUCUAAUGUGAUAGGCUAAUAAGAAAGAUAUGCUCAAUUUUAGCAGUAAUCCUAAUUAUAGAUAUAUACACUGACUUCUAAGGUUGAAAUCCAUUAACUGACUUUCUCUCUGUGUUAUUCAUUGUGUAUCUUAAUAAACGUAUUUUAUUUAA